AUAAUCUGCAAAAGCUCUCCUGCUUCUGGUACCUGUUGGUCAGAGCAUUGAAGGGUGUGAUUUUUCAGCCAGCCUUUCUAGAGUUUCUGCUUCUGCUGCCUGCCAGAAGUCACCACCUUAAGAAAUAUGUGCUUACCCGUGUAAGAAGAUACAUUCAGCCUAAAGGUUUGGGGUGGCCCGUGCACAUGCCAGCACUGAGAAGCAAACGGAAGACUUUCUAAGCUCUUUCACAGAUUUCUUGCCUGAUAGUAGCUCUUUGUGCGGUGUACUAUAAGACAUGGCCUCAAAAAGAGCAUUGGUGAUUCUGGCAAAAGGAGCAGAGGAAAUGGAAACUGUCAUCCCCACUGAUGUUAUGAGAAGAGCUGGAAUCAAGGUGACUGUUGCAGGCCUAACAGGAAAAGAACCAGUGCAGUGCAGUCGUGAUGUCUUCAUUUGUCCUGAUGCCAGUCUAGAAGAUGCCAGAAAAGAGGGGCCUUAUGAUGUCGUGGUCUUGCCUGGAGGUAACCUUGGAGCUCAGAACUUGUCAGAGUCUGCUGCUGUGAAAGAUGUUUUGAAGGACCAGGAAAGCAGGAAAGGCCUGAUUGCUGCUAUAUGCGCAGGUCCUACUGCCCUUCUGGCACAUGGAAUAGGGUUUGGAAGCAAAGUCACAACACAUCCUUUGGCCAAAGAUAAAAUGAUGAAUGGAGCACACUACUGCUACUCCGAGAGCCGCGUGGAGAAAGAUGGGAACAUCCUCACCAGCCGCGGCCCUGGUACCAGCUUUGAGUUUGGGUUGGCCAUUGUUGAAACGCUGAUGGGGAAGGAGGUGGCCGAACAGGUGAAGGCACCCCUAAUAUUGAAAGAGUGAAAUCCUGGUCAAGGACAGGGAGUAGGACGAUUUCAGCUGGAGAGUCCUGACCUUCCUAGAAUAACUGAAAGAUACACCAUCAUAAAUACAAUCUAAUUGUGGGUGAAUUUUGCAGCUGUACUCUCCUAUACCUUACAAACCAGUGGUGUUUAUUCCUGGAAAAAAAAUCCUCUUAGCAAACAACUUCACUGAAAAACAGCCAGCGUCUAAUAAUCUUAGUUAGCUCUUGGAUGGCAUUUAAAAAUCACAUGGACAAAUGUUUAUUGAUUAAAUAAAAAUGAAGCAACCCUG